AUGCAACGCGCGUUACGGAACAACGAUGAUGAACGCCUCGCCAAACUCCGCAGCGACGUCUGCAUGGCACACGCUGUUGACGCGGUUAGUUCAACCCCAGACACGCGCUCUGCUCUCGAAGCAGCUCGUGGCUCGCUUCGAGCCUUGGAAGAGUUCUUCGCGAGUCGUCUGGUGAUACCUUCUGUCUCCACAUCUGACGGCUCGGUAACGGAUGACCCUGAAGAGAUGGCGGCUGUCCAUCGCUCCUAUUGGGGCUCGCUUUUUCAGUCCCCUUCAUGGGACCUGGCCUCUUCAACACCGCCUCGGCAGUACGAUCCCAUUGCCCUUCCACGACUCCUCCAGCACACGACAGCUCGGCUGUCCGAGCAAGACCGUCGUAUGCUUGAUGCCCCUAUCACGGCCAAUGAUUUCUAUUGGGCCAUCUCCCACUCCCCUAAGGGACGCUCGGCCGGCUACGACGGGCUCCCCGCGGAGUACUACCAGCUCAAUGUUCAUGCUUGGGCACAAGUGUACGAAAUGGUGUACGCUAGCAAUUUUGAUCAUGGUCGCAUGUCGCGUUUUCAGCGUAUGGAUUAUAUCUCCCUGUUGGUCAACGGAGGUGAUCGGGAUCUCCCCAGUAACUACCGUCCUAUCACGCUGCUUAAUCACGAUGCCAAGUUCGGUCCGAAGGUCCUGGAUUGGCGUCUUCGUACUAUUAUUCCGCGUCACCAUCACUCGGACCAGACCGGGUUCGUCCAGGGAUGCUGGCUUGGUGCGUCUCCUCGGCAUCUUCAUGAGCCCUUAACUCCCGACCAGCUCCCGAUUUCCCCGGGUCCUUGA